GGUACUUCUAUUCUUACCACCCGCAGAUUAGGGAGAAAACGUGUCUUUAUGUUGCAGGAUAUUAUCCAUAGUCCUACAGGCAGUUAUAAAUCACGUUAUAAAUUGAAAGAGGAUGACCUAACCUUCCUUACAUUACCCUGGGAAGAAGUACUGCCUGACAGGUUAAACCCAGGGAGAAUGUGCACCGACGGGAACGUUGGGAAGAUGGCUGACAGCGGCUCCGUGGCAGUGAAGAGAUGCAACUCUGGGUCGGUGUCCUCCGUGAGUAUGGAGACUAUCUCGACCCUGACGGAGCUGGAGGACCUAGAGAAAGUUUACCAGCAGCUCUGUGUCGAAGAGAAAGAAGUGGAAGCAGAGCUGGACCGACUCGUGGGUCAAGAGGGUGCCAUUCACACAAAGAUGCUGGCACUGCAGAGGAUGGGACCAAACCUUCAGUUGAUUGGAGGAGAUGCCAGUCAGCUGUCUGGCAUGAUCACCUUCACCUGCAGCCUUGCUGAAAAUGUCAGUCGUAAAGUCAGACAGCUGGACCUGGCAAAGACUCGGCUGUAUAACGUUAUCCAGCGAACCGACGAUAUCCUCGAUCUGAAGUUCUGCACGGAUGGUGUGCAGACCGCGCUGAGAAACGAGGAUUAUGAACAGGCCGCUGCACACAUUCACCGAUACCUUUCUCUGGACCAGUCAGUGAUUGAGCUGAGCAGGCAGGGAGAAGAAAGCAGUGCGGUGGACGCCAGUCUGGUUAUGCUGCAGGAGGCUGAGCAGAAACUCAAGGUCAUUGUUGCCAAAAAGCUUGAUGAGGCCGUAGCAGCCGUGGACCUUGCGCAGGUGGAGAGGUUUUUCAAGAUCUUCCCUCUGUUGGGCCUUCACCAGCAGGGUCUUGCCCGCUUUGGCCAAUACCUUUGUAGUCAGCUCGCUUCUAAAGCUGAGGAGAACCUGCUUUUAGCUACAGGAGGAGACUUGGGCGAGAAGAGAGCCCUGCUCAUAUUUGCUGAUACGUUGACACUGCUGCUGGAAGGCAUUGCUCGUGUCAUUGAGACUCAUCAGCCGAUAGUGGAGACAUAUUACGGUCCAGGCCAUUUGUACACACUCAUCACUCACCUGCAGCAGGAAUGUGACAAACAGGCCCAGAAAAUAGUUGACAAGUUCAUCCAGCAGAGAGGAUACCACAACAAGUUUCAGAUCGUCCAGAGCAGCAUGAUAAAGAGCAUGCCAGGGGAGAGGAUUGAGCCCAGGGAGCUGGAUCCUGUUCUGGCAGAGGUAACCCUGAUGAAUGCCCGUGCUGAACUCUACCUACGCUUUUUACGCCGACGCAUUAUGGCCGACUUUGAGGUUGGAGACGCACAGAGCGUCACGCCAGAGCAUCAGCAGAGUGUGGAGAAGCUGCUGAAACACUGUUUGCUGAGCAGGACGAUGCAGGAGCUGAUCGGCUACUACAUUCCAAUGGAGGAGUACUACAUGAGAGAGUCUGUGAACAAGGCUGUUGCUAUGGAUACAUAUGAAAAAGGUCAGCUGACUUCCAGCAUGGUGGACGACUGUUUCUACAUUGUGAAGAAGUGCAUAAGUAGAGCUUUGUCCAGCUCCAGCAUCGACUGCCUGUGUGCAAUGAUCAACCACGCCAACUCUGUCCUGGAGUCAGACUUCAGGGAGGUGUUGCAUAAUAAGCUGCGGCAGGGAUUCCCGGCUACCACUCUUCAGGACAUCCAGCGUGGCGUCAGCAGCGCCGUCAGUAUGAUGCAGAGCAGCUUACAGCAGGGAAAGUUUAACACCCUCGGCAUUGAGAGCACCGAAAACGCCAAGGCUGCUUUUCUGGUGACACUGAAUAAUGUUGAAGUUUGUAGUGAAAAUAUCUCAACUUUAAAGAGGAAUCUUGAGAACGACUGUGCAAAGCUGUUUAAUCAGGGCGGCAGCUCAGGAGAUCAAGCCAAGAUUGAAAGUUGCCUUUCAGACCUCGUCAACACAUCUACAAAGUUUAAGGAUCUUUUACAGGAGGGUUUGACCGAGUUAAACACAACAGCUGUGAAGCCGCAGGUCAAACCUUGGAUCAGCAGCUUCCUUUCCAUCUCACACAACAUAGAGGAGGAGGAGUUCAAUGAUUAUGAAGCCAACGACCCCUGGGUGCAGCAGCUCAUUGUUAACUUGGAGCAGCUCAUGGCAGAGUUCAAGACGGCUCUCUCCCCUGUCAUCUACGACACUCUGACCAGCCUGAUGACCAGUCUGAUUUCCAUAGAAAUGGAGAAGACGGUGCUGAAAUGCUCGUUCAGCAGGCUUGGAGGUCUGCAGUUUGACAAAGAGCUUCGGUCUCUCGUGGCGUAUCUGACCACGGUGACCACCUGGACCAUCAGGGACAAGUUCGCUCGUCUCUCACAAAUGGCCACAGUUCUUAACCUGGAGAGGGUAAGUGAGAUCUUGGACUACUGGGGCCCAAACUCUGGCCCUCUGACGUGGCGGUUGACCCCGGCGGAGGUGCGUCAGGUUCUGGCGCUGCGCAUCGAUUUCCGAAGCGAAGAUAUCAAGAGGCUUAGACUGUAGCUCGUGAACCAGUGACUGCUGCGGAGGACUCACCUUGGCUCUGUUCUGGCUGUGUUCCUGUAUUGGAUGUGUGCAUGUUGCUCCUCCUGGAUUUCAGACUCUGUAACGGAGCAGCAUUGGUGGUGGGAAGGGACUGUCUCAUAUGAAUUAACUGUAAAAUGUGCUGAACAUUCUCCUAAAAGUGUAAUUAAAAGCGUGUAAUUGUAA